AUGUCCACCUCCAAGCGAAUCCGCAUUCCCAGUCUCAAGGCCAGAGAGGCCCUCUACCAGGACCAGCCCGACCCCGCCCAGCCGCCCUCCGUCCGGCGCAAGGCCACCAAGCGGCGCGCCUCCGAGCCCGCAGACGACGACCUGUCCCCCGCCGACAACGAAUACGACGACCCGCACCCGCACCCGCACCCGCACAGCAAGCGCGCGCGCACGACAGAGUCGCUCGAUGACGACAUGGACGUCGACAUUGAUGGCGACGGCGACGGCGACGUCGCCCCGCUCGACGAGGACCCCGGCUAUCUCUCCGACGCCGCCCACUCGGCCAAGCACGCCCGCCUGUCCCGCGCCUCCUCCUCCGCCUCCCAACGGCGCGAGCGGCCCAAGAGCCGCAAGGAGCGCACACCCGUCGUCGUGACGCCCGCGCCCUCGUCCUCCAAAACCCGGAAGAAGCGGCACGUGGUCUACUCGGACGACGAGGACCCGUUCGAGGACGCCGUCGGCUACCGCGACGCCAAGGACGUCGACAUCGACGACGAUGGCGACGACGACGAGGAGGAGCCUGAACCCGCCGCGAAGCGCCUCCCGACGGUGAGGUUGAAGCUGGGCAAGGCCGGAGGCGACGCAAAAGGAAAAGAAAAGGCCGGCAAAUCGGCCACAAAAGAGAGGGAGGAGCACACCCCUCCCGCGCCCAAGAGGGCAAAGCUCCGGGACCCCUCACCCGAAAUCGACGAGCAGGACGCCGCGGCGGCGCCCGCGCCCGCGCCCGCGGCGCCGGAAGCCCAGAAGGACGCAGGGCCCACGCCCUUGCCGUCGUUCAAGAAACGCAAGCUGCCUCCGAUCAAGAAAAACAAGCCGGCGGGCGCGAGCACCUCCUCCGCGCACCCGAGCCAGGUGCCCGCGGCGAAAGCGCGGCCCAGGCCCGCCGAGGGCGCCAAGGCGGGCGAGGCGGGCGAGGCGGACGACGGGCUGCCCGUGCUGAAGAAGCCUGCGCAGCGGGCGGGGAACGUCGAGGUGGACCUGAGCAACAAGGACAUCUACGCGUCGCUGUUCAAGAGCGUACGUGCCCCCGCGCGGGUUUGUUUCGUAGCUGACGGCGGGCUGUUUUUCACGCAGGCGGGGGCGAGCACGCCGCGGUCGGGGCUGAACAAGAACCAGAAGGAGGAGCGGCGGAAGGAGCUGGACAAGCUGCGGGACGCGGAUCGUGCGCGCCGGGUUGCGGAAGCCGAGCGGGCGUUCGACCUGCGGGGGCAGUACGACAAGAUCGCGACGUUCGUGGACCGGCUGGGGGCGCGGCGGAGCUCUGCGAUGUGGCCGAACAUCAUGGCGGCGGCGUGGCGGUACGAGAAGGAGAAGGAGGAGAAGCGGCGGGAGAGGGACCGGGUGCGGGAGAAGAGCGUGCGGGAGCGCGAGAACGGCGAGGUGGUGGACGAGCGCGGGUCGGAUCUGUCACGGGACCAGGGGGGCGGUGGCGGUGCGGCUACCCAUGUGUGGAUGGACGCCGGCGGCAGGCACGGUGCGAGCCAGGCUGCUCCCGCCAUGAAGUUCUACAUCGACGACCUCCCCAUCGUCUUCCCCUAUGACCGGAUAUACCCCGAGCAAUAUGCGUACAUGUGCGAUCUCAAGCGCACCAUCGACGCAACGGGCCACUGCGUUCUCGAGAUGCCCUCGGGCGAGUCCUCCCGCUCUCUCUCUCUCUCUCUCUCGCGCGCGCGCGCGCCGCAUCUCACCCGCACCCAGUUCUUCCCCGUAAAGCGCAAGCUGGUCUACUGCUCCCGCACCGUCCCCGAGAUCGAAAAGGCCCUCUCCGAGCUCAAGCGCCUCAUGGAGUACCGCGUCGCCGUCGCAGAGUCCGACGACGACCGCAGGAAAGAGCAGGCCUUCACCGGCAUCGGCCUCACAAGCCGCAAGAACCUCUGCAUACACCCCGAGGUCGCCAAGGAGAAAAAGGGCAAGGUCGUCGACGCGCGCUGCCGCGAUCUCACGAACUCCGCCGUCUGCGAGCGCGCGCGGAACGACCCGGGCUCCGUCGAGACCUGUGGCUUUCACGACAACCUCGGCGACAUGGAGGCCGGCCAGCUGAUCCCGCCCGGAAUAUGGACGCUCGCGGACGUCCUGCAGAACGGGCGCGACAAGGGCGUCUGCCCGUACUUCACCGUGCGGAGAAUGAUGCCGUUCGUCGACAUCGUGAUCUACUCGUUCCACUACCUCCUCGACCCAAAGGUCGCGGAGCAGGUGUCCAAGGACAUUUCCAAAGACGCCAUCGUCGUCUUCGACGAGGCGCACAACAUCGACAACGUCUGCCUCGAGUCUCUGAGCAUCGACCUCACGCGGCCGAUGCUCGACUCCGCCUCGCGCAGCGUCAACAAGCUCGCGGACAAGAUCAACGAGAUCAAGCAGACCGACGCGUCGAAGCUGCAGGACGAGUACGCGAAGCUCGUCGAGGGCCUGCAGGAGGCGGCCGCGGACGAGGACGCGUUCAUGAGCAACCCGGUGCUGCCGGAGGACCUGCUCACGGAGGCCGUCCCGGGCAACAUCCGCAAAGCGGAGCACUUCGUCGCCUUCCUCAAGCGCUUCGUCGAAUACCUCAAAACCCGCAUGCGCGUGCUACACGUCGUCGCCGAGACGCCGCUGUCGUUCCUGCAGCACCUAAAAGACAUCACGUACAUCGAGCGCAGGCCGCUCCGGUUCUGCGCGGAGCGCCUGCAGUCGCUCGUCAAGACGCUCGAGCUGAGCCGGAUCGACGAGUACGCGGCGCUGCAAAAGGUCGCGAGCUUCGCGACGCUCGUGGCGACGUACGAGAAAGGGUUCCUGCUGAUUCUCGAGCCGUUCGAGACCGAGAACGCGACGGUGCCGAACCCGAUCUUCCAUUUCGUCUGCCUCGACCCGGCGAUCGCGAUCAAGCCCGUGUUCGAGCGGUUCAGCAGCGUCGUGAUCACGUCCGGGACGCUCUCGCCGCUCGACAUGUACCCGAAGAUGCUGCAGUUCACGCCCGUCGUGCAAGAGACGUACGCGAUGACGCUCACGCGCAACUCGUUCCUCCCUCUGGCACGUCCCGCCGACCAGGUGGCGAUCAGCUCGCGGUUCGAGGUGCGCAACGACCCCGCCGUGGUGCGCAACUUUGGCACGAUCCUCGUCGAGUACAGCAAGAUCGUCCCGGACGGCGUCGUCGCGUUCUUCCCGAGCUACCUGUACAUGGAGUCGAUCGUCGCCGCGUGGAACGACAUGGGGAUCCUGAACGAGGUGUGGAAGCACAAGCUCAUCUUCGUCGAGACGCCGGACGCGAACGAGACGAGCAUCGCGCUCGAGAACUAUCGCCGGGCGUGCGACAACGGGCGCGGCGCGGUCCUGCUGUCCGUCGCGCGCGGGAAGGUCUCCGAGGGCAUCGACUUUGACCACAACUACGGGCGCGCGGUCAUCAUGGUGCCGUAUCAGUACACGGAGAGCCGGAUCCUCAAGGCGCGGCUCGAGUACCUGCGCGACGCGUAUCGGAUCCGGGAGUCGGAGUUCCUCGGGUUCGACGCGAUCCGCAACGCGGCGCAGUGCGUCGGGCGGGCGUUGCGCGGCAAGACGGACUGGGGCCUGAUGGUGUUCGCGGACAAGCGGUUCGCGCGGGCGGACAAGCGGGCGAAGCUGCCGCGGUGGAUCAACCAGUACAUCACGGAGACGGCCGCGAACCUGUCGACGGACAUGGCGCUCUCGCUCUCGAAGCUGUUCAUGCGCACGAUCUCGCAGAACGCGGGGGAGAACCUGACGGGGGUGUCGCUCUGGACGCUCGAGGACGUGCGCAAGGCGCAGGCGGCGCAGCGAGAGGCGGCUGCGGAGGCGGAGGCGGCGCGGGCGGCGAUGGAGCGCGCGGCCGCGGAGGCGGAGGGCGGGGGGACGAUGGACGUGGACGAGGAUGACGAGGAGGACGAAGAGUACGGGGACGGCGGGUUCUCGGACAGGAUGUUGCAGGACGCGGGGACGGUGGACGGCUAUACUGACUGA